CGGCGCGGGGGAGGCCGAGCCGCUCUCAGUGCCGCACCGUCCGCGGGCCCCUCAGCGCGGCGGAGCCGGCCCCGCCAUGGUGAAGAAGCGGAAAGGCCGGGUCCUCAUCGACUCCGACACCGAGGACAGCGGCAGCGAGGAGAACCUGGACCAGGAGCUCCUGUCAUUGGCCAAACGGAAACGCAGCGACUCAGAGGAGAAAGAGCCACCUCUUAGCAAACCAACAGCUUCUUCAGACUCCGAGACCUCAGACAGUGAUGAUGAGUGGACUGUUGGAGGUUCUAAAAACAAAAAGAAGGGAAAAAGUGGCAAAGUAGAGAAGAAGGGAGCUAUGAAGAAACAGAUGAACAAAGCUGCCUCCUCAGGCAGCUCAGACAAAGAGAGCUCAGCUGAGAGUUCAGCACCUGAAGAGGGUGAAGUGUCUGAUUCUGAGAGCAACAGUUCCUCCUCCAGCUCAGAUUCAGAUUCAUCAUCUGAAGAUGAGGAGUUCCAUGAUGGUUAUGGGGAGGACCUGAUGGGAGAUGAGGAAGACAGAGCUCGGCUGGAACAGAUGACGGAGAAGGAGAGGGAACAAGAGCUAUUUAACCGGAUAGAGAAAAGGGAAGUGCUGAAGAGAAGAUUUGAAAUUAAGAAGAAACUAAAAACAGCGAAAAAGAAAGAAAAAAAGGAGAAAAAGAAAAAGCAAGAGGAAGAGCAGGAGAAGAAAAAGCUCUCACAGAUCCAGGAAUGCCAGGUGAUGUCACACAACAAAGAACGACGGUCAAAGCGGGAUGAGAAACUGGAUAAGAAAUCUCAGGCCAUGGAGGAACUGAAAGCAGAGAGAGAGAAAAGGAAGAACAGAACAGCUGAGUUGCUUGCAAAAAAACAGCCAUUAAAAACUAGUGAAGUAUACUCAGAUGAUGAAGAGGAAGAAGAGGAUGAUAAGUCUAGUGAGAAGAGUGAUUGCACAUCCAGAUCAUCCUCUUCUGAUGAGGAGGAAGAAAAAGAAGAAAUUCCUCCCAAAUCCCAGCCAGUCUCCUUACCUGAAGAACUGAAUCGAGUACGGUUAUCUCGGCAUAAGCUGGAGCGUUGGUGUCAUAUGCCCUUCUUUGCCAAGACAGUCACUGGCUGCUUUGUGCGUAUCGGCAUUGGGAACCACAACAGUAAACCUGUCUAUCGGGUGAGUUUGUCUUCCAGGGAUUUGAUUCCCAUUUACUAGCACAGCAAUAUUCAC